AUGGCAGGUUCAUUUCCAUGGUCGCAUCUAAUCCGGUUUGAGAAGAACGGCGUCAUCUAUUAUGGCAAUGCUGUGUUCGCGCCGGGUCAAGUCCCAGGCCAGAUUACACAGCUUGCAAAAUCCGGAGAGCUUCAAGCUCAAGUUAUCAAAGGAGAUCCACUUUCCCCAGAUGCAACAUUGACGACUGAGUAUCUUCAAGUGGAAAAAUUGCUUUGUCCCUUAACAUAUGAUCAAGUGCCCAUUAUUCGCUGUGUGGGUUUAAAUUACAUGCAGCACAUCAAAGAAGGCGGGCGGACUCCUCCCCCGUAUCCAUCGCUAUUCAUCAAACCCAACACAUGCCUGGCGACUUUUGAUGCUGAUAUAAAAAUUCCUAUCAUCGCCCAGGAAACGUUGGACUAUGAAGGAGAAUUAACAAUCGUUAUCGGAAAAGAUGCUAUUGAUGUUCCUGAAGAAAGAGUUUUGGACUACAUCGCCGGCUAUGUGGCAUCAAACGACAUCUCAUGUCGUAUUUGGCAACGAGAUCCCAAAUAUGCCGGCAACGUCCCUCAAUUGUGCUUUUCCAAGGGAUUUGAUUCAUUUGCUCCUAUUGGACCAAUGAUCGUCUCGCCAACAGUUCUUGGAGCGGCAGAUAAACAAACCCUCGAGACUACCGUGAAUCAUGAUCUGCGGCAAGACUCAAAUACAUCUGACCUUCUUUUCGGCGUACGUCGGAUUGUGAGCUUUUUGAGUCAAGGCACUACACUGAAAAAAGGAUCACUCAUUAUGACUGGAACUCCAAGCGGUGUCGCAUUAGGUAUGAAGCCGGUGCCUAUUUAUCUGAAAGACGGAGAUGUGGUAAAAGUGGAAAUUGGUGGCUUAGGAAUUAUGGAAAACAAAAUGGUUUUUGUAUGA